CGAGCCCGAGUGCGACGAGAGUGUGCCGUAUUGAGUUGUGUGAAUCGCUGGCUCGAGGCCGUGUCUCCGUAGCUCGUUCGUUCUUUGCCUGUGCAGUGGAAGAAAUAUUCCUUGUGGCUUGUGUAAUUUUUAGUGUCCGUUUUCACCGUAAAAUUACUGCGAAAAUUUCUUCAGAUUGUCCUUGAGCACUUCUAAUACAAACAAAGAUGACUGAGAAGCCAAAGCGCCCACUAUCCGCAUACAUGCUGUGGCUCAACGAAAGCCGUGAACAGAUCAAGAAAGAGAAUCCUGGCAUCAAAGUGACAGAGAUCGCGAAAAAGGGUGGCGAAUUAUGGCGUGGAAUGAAGGAUAAAUCUGAAUGGGAAGCAAAAGCCGCAAAAAUGAAGGAAGAAUACACAAAAGCCGUGAAAGAGUACGAAGCGAAUGGUGGAACCGAUAUUGGCGCAAACAAGAAACGAUCAAAGCAAUCGAAGAAGCCCGCCAAGAAGUCAAAGAAAAAAGAUGAGUCGGAAGAUGAAUCUGGCGGCGAUGAAAGUGAUUAAAUUACAAAUAAGGCUCUUGUAUUUUAGCGGGAUUUGUCAUUUCCGUUUUUCUAAAUGUACACAGCAAGUAACGUUUAUCUUUGAUUUUAAUAAGUAAAAUUGUCUAUUCAUAGAUAGUUUUAUGAAUUCGAAAGAGAAAACAAACAAAAUCGACAAAAUAAGAAAAAUACUUUAGUUGUCUAUUAUUUAGUUUAAUUUGUGAACAAAGUUUCAAAGAAAAUAUUAAACAAGCCCAAUUUUUGUAAGUUACAAAAAUUUUUAAGGAAUAAGAGUAACAAAACAAAACCGAAGUAGAACGUUUUUUUAUUUCGCUGUAUGAUAUAUGAAUGGUAAACAAAGGACGGAUAAUUACACUUUUCAUUCUUAAGCAGAUUUUUAGUUAAUUACUCACUUCUUAUUUCACUUAGCAAGUAGCUCAGUUUUAAUGCAAAAUAAGUCUGCACUCGGUAUUUUAACGUUUUGAUAUAAUAUUAAAACAUGUAAAGAAGGCGAGCAAUGUUCUAGGAAAAGUCUGACCUCUGUCGUAAGCGAAUUGGUGUGAAGAAUGCUAGUGAAGUUAUUGACAUUCCUGGAGCGUUCAAAAAACUGAAAAUGCAAAAUUUGUGUUCUAAACGGUAAAGAAGCAGAAA